AUGGUUAAGGGCAAUGCGCAACCCGGCGUUUACAGCGCCACAUACAGUGGUAUUCCCGUCUACGAGUUCCAAUUCGGAGAUGACCUCAAGGAACAUGUCAUGCGACGGCGCCAAGAUGACUGGAUCAACGCAACACACAUUCUCAAAGCCGCCGGCUUCGACAAACCCGCCCGGACACGCAUUCUUGAGCGUGAGGUACAAAAGGAAAAGCACGAAAAGAUCCAGGGCGGAUACGGAAAGUACCAGGGCACAUGGAUCCCUCUCGACAAGGGCGUCGCCCUCGCCCAGCGCAACAACAUCUAUGACCGUCUGCGCCUCAUCUUCGAAUACACUCCAGGCGAGCAGAGCCCACCCCCGGCUCCAAGACACACAAGCAAACCAAAGGCACCAAAGAAACCCGCAGUGCCUAAAUGGCCAAGUACGAACUUCACACAGCAGCAGCAGCAAGCAGCAUCACAGGCACAGCCGUCUGCCAACCAGAUGCAAGGCGCGCCGCCGCCAGAAGAGUACGAAGUCGGCGACUCGAUGAUGAAUGACGAUGAUACCCCUGACAACCUGACCGUUGCUUCCGCCUCGUAUAUGGGCGAAGACGACCGCUAUGACAUGACCCACCAAUCCACCGGCCACAGGAAGAGGAAGAGGGAAGAGGCCAUCCAGGACUUGACGCAGCAGCAGCAUUCCGUCUAUGGAGACGAGCUUCUCGACUACUUCCUCCUCUCAAGGAACGAGAAGCCAGCAUACCGGCCUGAGCCACCGCCAAAUUUCCAACCGAAUUGGAUUAUCGACUCGGAGGAGCAUACGGCGCUUCACUGGGCGUCGGCUAUGGGCGACGUGGACGUCAUAAAGCAGCUACGGCGCUUCGGUGCCAGUCUGAAUGUUCAGAACGUGAGGGGAGAGACUCCUUUCAUGCGCGCUGUGCAUUUCACAAACUGCUACGAAAAACAAACUUUUCCUCAGGUCAUGAAGGAGCUAUUCGAGACCGUUGAUGCGCGUGAUGCGACGGGGAGCACGGUCAUCCACCACGCGGCAGUGAUGAAGAACGGCCGAGUCGUCAGCCACUCGUGUUCGAGAUACUACUUGGACAACAUCCUGAACAAGUUACAAGAAACGCACGACCCUGCCUACGUGCAGCAGCUCAUCGAUGCGCAAGACGAACAGGGAAACACCGCCCUCCACCUGGCGGCAGAGCGCAACGCGAGGAAAUGCAUCAGGGCACUGCUCGGGCGACAGGCUUCUACCAGCAUUCCCAACCAUGAAGGCGUACGGGCGGAGGACCUCAUCGCCCAGCUCAACGCCACGAAGAAGGAGCGGGGUCCUCAGCGAUCAUCGUCACCCUUUGCACCAGACUCCCAGCGUCACGUCUCAUUCCGCGACGCAAUGCCAGAACGCAUGACGACGAGCAAGAAGCUCAACCUCUCGUCCUUCCACUCAGAGGCCGCGAACACGGUUCAAUCACGCAUCACCCCGCUCAUCAUUGAAAAGUUCCAAGACCUCGCGGGGAGCUACGACGAGGAGCUGACCGAAAAGGACCAGGCGGAAAAGGAAGCCCGUCGCAUCCUCUCCAAUACCCAAGCCGAACUCGCCGCGGUACACCAGCACAUGGCCGAGCUCGAGGCCCAGCUCGAAGCAGACGACGGCGCAGCGGCGAUCAUCAGCGAAGCCAACCGCGCCAAGCAUCAGGUCAUGUCCCUCAUCACACAUCAAAACCGCCUACACGUGCAGCAGGCUGUGGACCAGGAGAUCAAUAUGCUCAACGGCGACGCCAACGAGGCCUCGUACGAGGAUCGUCUCGAGCUGGCGAGGCAGCUGCAGGCCAUGCUCUCGGAGCAGAGACAGUCAGAGUCUGACUACGUCGAGGCGCUCAGCAUGGUUGGCACAGGCGAGAACAUUGACAAGUACCGCCGGCUCCUGCGCAAGUGCCUACCCCCAGCUGACGCGGAGAACCUCGACGAGAACCUCGACAACCUCAUCGAGAUGAUGGAGGAGGAUCGUGACCUGCCGGGCGACGGCAGCGGCCUCGAACCCAUGGACGUCGGGAUGGGCGGAAUCGGGAUCGGUAUUGGCAUGUGA